GACCUUCUCACACUCUCGUACCGCACACCCCACACACCCACACAUCGCCCAUCAUGGUCCUCGCAUUCUCAGGUCUCUCCCUGGCCAAGUACGUCACUUCCUCACCCGCACUCAUGAGGUUCCUCAAGCCAGUCGCAGACGCCUACGCAAGGGCAGCCGGUUACAGGAAGAUGGGACUCAGGUACGAUGACCUGCUCAUCGAGGAGAACGACACUGCUCAGAAGGCAAUCUCUCGUCUGUCUGAGAGGGAGACAUACGACAGGGCAUUCCGCCUGCGUCAGGCAACUCAGCUGUCUGUCCUCCACCGACAGCUGCCAAAGGAGCAGUGGGUCACCCCUCAAGAGGACCGUCGCUACCUCAACCCCCUGAUCGAGGAGCUGAGGACAGAGGAGCAGGAGCGUGCAGCUUGGGACACCGUCAAGGUCAAGAAGGACAAGCACUAAGCGCCUGAUUUCAGGUGAAGAUGCUUCGAGAGCUGGCUCUGCUCGUCUAGGGCGGUCCUGUUGGAAGUCCACAGCACUCGAGACGAUUUUGAGUGUGGCCAGAGGGUCACAAAGGAGGCUAGAGACGUUGUAGCAAUUGCAUUUGCAACAGCAGACCUAGGCGCGUGUCAGUCCAGUGGCAACGCAGACUUUCAGGGAAAUUUCUUCUUAUCUCUUCGUUUCCUUAUGAAUUGAUCUCCAUUCCG